CGUGUACCGGACUCGAACGGAACGCCGCCGCCGCCGACUGCGCCGCUCGAACCAACUAACCCACCCCGUUCCGCUCCGCUCCACGCCCCCCUCAUUCACAUUCUCACUCGACCGACCACAACCACUAGCGUUCUUAUUAGAUUUUAUGGCGGCUCCGAUUUAGAACACAAACAACAACGAGGCACGGCCGCGCCUUUGGCCGUUCCAUUCCGCUUUGUUUCCCGGUCCUUUGCCACUCGUUUCGCUUCGUUCUCGCGCCGUUAGAAUAGCACGCUGCCGCUGCCGCAGCUGGCGUCGCUGCCACUGGCUGACUUAUUGGCUUUAAGCGAAUUUGAACGUCGCUCGAACUUUUAUUCAACGUGUUGGUUCCAUCGUGUAAGCAACUCUGAAACGCUACGUACAUUCGUUGCGGAAACUGAAAACCGAAUCAGAAAACUGUAUAAAAAAACACACACACACAAACCGAAAACACAAACCCUCCCCUCCCCCAUAAAAAAAAAACUAAGCCCCCCCCCAAACAAAAUUCGGGAUACGCAAGUGCUAAUUACUAUAUUUAUGAAAUAAUAAGUUUAUAAAUUCCCCUAAAAAUCCAACAUUUUUUUGAAGUUUUAAAUCCACAAAGUGCUUUAAACAACAACAACAACUACCAACCAAAAUGCCUUACAACAGCGUCACGCUUUAGUGUAAAAAGUGUUAGCCCCCACCCCUUUUGCUACGUACCCAUUUGAAACUGAAACCAAAGGAGACCCAAACAGGUGUCCGUCUGCCGAAAGGCCAACGAAUCACUCCGGAGACAAUCAGCAGCAGCAGCCACAGCAGCAGCAGGUGGGCCAGAGAUUCUUUAGCAGCUCAACUUAGCUCAUCUCGGCCCGGCGAUUUGUGCAUUUAAUGAUUCGCUGUCGAUGUGAAGCGAGAGGUGCCGGCUUUUCGACGUUCAACGCAUUCGCUCGACCUUAGCGCUCUGAGGAACAACAAAAGUCGGGGAUCUGCGCCGAUGGGAACCGAUGGACCGGCCAUAUUCCUCCUGCCCCUAAAACCCAAAAACCCAAAUAAACCGAGACAAGAACUCUAGAGUUCAAGAGUUCAAGAAAAAGGGAGUUUUACUUGUUGUGAUAAGCGGAAAAGUAAAACACCACCCAAGUGUGUGCCUCCAGAACCCACUCUGUAUAAUAUAUAGUAGGAAACCAACCAACCAACCAAUGCAACGCGAAGGCCUUUAACUGUGAUUUAAGAAUACAUAACUAAAAAAAAAAAAAGAAAGCACCAGUUCGUUACGUUUAAUUUUUGUUCGGUUUAGUUUUUGUUUUUGUUUGCCGAGUGUGUGUGCGUGUGUGUGCUGUGCAACCAUGUUCAACUCCAACAUACCGGCCUCCUCGCUGCUCAGCAUCGAGGGUAGCGGUCUCCUGAUGGGCGGCCACACACCCAAGACACCCGAGAUUCUUAACUCGCUGAUCGCCAUGACCAAUCCGCUGGACAACUUCAAUUUCGGAUCGGCGGCGGCGGCCGUUUCGGCCACCCUUUCGGCAUCCUCCUCUGCCACAUCCACGCCGGUGGUCGCCGUGCGUCACUUCAACGGACAUCCCAACGGACAGUCGCACUCGCAGGACAGCAGUCAUUCCAGUUGCUCCGGAUCGCCGCUCGAAUCGCCAGCGGGCACGGCCACCACGCCCAGUGUUCAACAGACCUGCUCGCGCCUGAUCAAGGAGGGCCUGAAGCUCUCCAUCCAGAGCAAGCGCAAGCUGUCCACCUGCGACUCCAGCUCCGGAUCGGAGCAGCCGCACUCCAAGUACUCGCGGCGCAGCAGCAGCAACCACAACGGGCACAAUAGCGGCGGCAGCAGCAGCAACAACAACUACAGCGGCAGCAUGAGCAACGCCAACGACCUGGACGACCUGGACUGCGAGGAGUCGAGUGACGAGGAUGACAGUGAGACUAAGUCGCAGCCGAAGGGACUGACGCCGGAGGACGAGGACCGGCGGCGGAGGCGUCGCGAGCGGAACAAGAUCGCGGCCACCAAGUGCCGGAUGAAGAAGCGCGAACGCACCCAGAAUCUGAUCAAGGAGUCGGAAGUGCUGGACACCCAGAAUGUGGAGCUGAAGCAGCAGGUGCGUCUGCUCGAGACCGAGCGACGCAACAUCCUGGAUAUGCUGCAAUCGCACGGUUGCCAGCGAUCAUCGGGCUGUCAAUUGCCCAGCCAGCUGCUCCAGUCGCCGGCCCAGAAGUAUCUCAGCGAACUGGAACUGGAAACGGUGGUGGUGGGCGGCGAGAUGGCCAAUUCCGGCAAUGCCAAUAGCCACCAGCGGCUGCAGAGCAUACCCUCGAUGGCCACCUUCAAGUUUGGCUCCAAAACGGCGGCGGCCAUGGCCCAGCAACAACAGCUGCCCACUGGCUACUGCAAGCCAUCGCCCAGUGCCCAGGAGUUCGAGCAUGCCGGCUACCAGCAGCAGCCACAGCAGCACCAGCAGCAGCAACAACAGUCCCUUAAUCCCGCCGGCAACAACAACAACAAUGUGGUUGAUCAGCAACAGCAACAGGUGAAUAGUAGUCCCAGUCUAAUUUCCGACUAUGUGCCCAACUGCGAUGGCCUGAGCAGCAGCAAUUUAAGCAAUCCGAGCCACAACAGCAGCAACAUGAGUAGCAACAACAACACCAGCAGCAGCAGCAACAACAACAACACCAGCAGCAGCAACAACAACACCAGCAGUCACACCAGCAACAACAGAAACACCAGCACAACGCCCACCGCCAUUGAGUUUGUGAAGCACGAGCUGGUGGACUCGCAGAGUCCCUAUACCACCGCCCUGAGUGCGGAGAGGUUCCUGUUUGAGCCCAGCGAUGGUUUUCCGGACAUCAAGCAUGCCUGUGUGUUGCCCUCGCCGUGCGGCAUCAAUGGCAUCAACAUGGCCAGCGUGGUGCACACGAAUGGCAAUGGCAGCAACGGAAAUAACCAUAAUAAUAACAAUAAUAACAAUCAUUUGAUGGAUUUCCAUUCGGGCCUGCAGCAUGGCAAUAAUGUGGGCGUGGGUGUGGGAGUGGGUGUGAUGACGCCCUACGAUGAUGAGCAACUGUUGCUGCUGAAGAACGGCUGCUUUGCCACCGACCUUCUGUCGCAGCUGGUCGAGGAUGGCGGGGAGUAUGUGGACUUGGACUCGGCCACCGCCUUCAUGAACAAUGGCAGUUGCCUGGCGUGAGGAAGGGCGCCGUUGCUCCUAGCCUUCGACCACAACAACAGCCACCAGCAACAGGAGCAACAUCAGCAGCAGCAGCAAGAGCAGCAACAGCAGCAGCAGCAGCUGCAGCAACAUCCUUCAGAGAAAGAGGGAGAUCCGCCGGAAAGUCCAACACAACUCGAUCGGCAGGUGGAACUCGAACUCGAAAUGGAGCUACAACUCGGAGAGGAGCAGGAUCCGGCCUGGGCCCAUGUAGAUUACUGGUGCUAGACCAUCAUCCCUACCCUAUACUUAUGUUAAUCUUAACCGCCACUCAUUGACUAAGCAAAAGCAAAUGCAAAAGCAGGAGAACAGAUCAGAAGAAGCCGCAGUCCCCUUAAAACCCAUCCAAUCCGGUUCAAAAUCCAAUAUCCCCUUAAUACUUUAGCCAAAACUCUAAAAAACUUAUUUUUUAACUGUCCGAAACUAUUUUUAAUUUUUAUAUUUUUUACAAGUUUUACAAUUUGGUUUUGAAUAUCGGAUUCUUUUUCACUUACUAUGAAACGUUUUAACUUUGUGUUUUUUUUUUACAAAAAUCUAGCCAACUCUUUUAUCAAAGUACAAUUUCCAAUUAUAUCGAAAAACCCCCGGAAUCCAAGUUCUUCCAAUAGCAAAGUCCCCCGAUCCCCGAUCCCGCAAUCCAAUCAAAGACCACUCGAAUAUCAUGCCCAACCCCAGAUCCAUACCCGCCCACAACAAAAAAACCUUGGUCCUUUAAUCCCAAGUCCGCCUGGAGCGGCAUCCAGCCUGUGGCUUGACUACCUCAUGAAGCAAGAAGCAGAAACAACUAACAAGUAACUAUCAUUAAAGAGUUUUAAGGAGUAACGAGAUGGACAAAAAAGCAAAAGAACCAGAGUACACAAACACGCGCGCAGCGAGAAGAAGCAAAAGCACUUGCAAAACUGUACAUAACCAAACUUUUGAUACGAUAACUAGGUAUAUCGAUAACAUUCCAUUGCAAGCCUGCGAAACGUCAAGAAAAGGAAAGUCGAGAGAAGAAGUAAAGCAGUGAUCAACUGCAAGCAGUCACAUCCGCAUCAGUAAUUAUUAAUUUUAAUUUGUUCAAUUCUUUUCCAAGCGUAUUUUUGUUUGCUCUUUGCUCCCAACGAAGCCUUAAAAUUAUAUUAACUAUGCCUCUAUAUAUAUAUAUAUAUAUA